GUAAUGAUCUCGUACAACGGCUCAAGGACCCGGUAGCCGGUAGCCGCGAGCAGCGAGGUCUCGUUUGAUGCCGUUACAAACUCCAUUCACGCAUCUGACAAUUUAAGUAGUUAGUGCUACCGCGGUAACUUGCCGGUGCUAACGUCAGCUCUAAGAGAAUAAGUGAGGUCUGAUGUUAAACUCGGCUAACAAAUCUGCGAAUUAACUCUUUUAACCAGUUACAUUUAAACGUUUACAACAGAUUAAUACUGUUCGCUGCGGCGUUGGCGCCCUUUCGUCAAGGUGCCACCUGCCCUAAAGAAAAGCUAACAAGUCAUCCAAACAGACCUCUGAAAACCAUGGCAAAAGCACUGUCUGGCAUAUUAGACAUAUGCCGAAUCUGAGACUGCGUUUUAAUAAUGUUUUCCCUACCUUUAAUCUUUUUGAAUUUUGUGUGUCUUUCUACCGGUAACGAAGAAAACCUAAAAUGAUAGGCUAUUUCAAUGGAAUACUGCAUUUUUCCCCCCACGAAGCCAGAUUAGUUCUAUGCUCUUAUAGUUAACAUUUUCCCAAUUAAAAACAACUUUUUUAUUGUCAGUCUUAUUUUUGUUAUCAUUGAAAAAAUACCUUCGGAAUGUAUAACGAUGCAAUUAGUUUAAAGAAAAAAAAAAAGAUAUCAUACGCAGAAAAUUUUCAGACAGAGACUCAGGGGUUUACGGUAAAAGGAGGCGGGACCAAACUGUAACCAGGAAGUUUACAACGCUGCUCCCGUGUUUACACAUGUUUGCACGUUCGCGUGGAGGAGAUUUCUAAAUAUCAACAUGUCUUCAAAGAAAAAUAAGAGCAAAUCGAAGAGAGCGAGCGAGGGGGAUAGCUCAGUCGUACUGAGGGAGGGCUCGCACGACUCCUCCAACCCGCGGACACCUGGCCGGGACGGGGGAAGCUGCGGGAGCUCGAGCAGCGACUCGUUCGCUGUCAUCGAUUUCAUUGAGAGAGCUGACGACAAAACACCCAAAACCUGCAGAUCAACUUUGGCCCAACUGAGCCUCAAUUCAAUGAAGUCAGCCAGCGUAUGCAUCGGGAGGCCGGUCCUACUGACGAGUCCCACGGGACAACAAGAGGUGUGUUUGGGAUGGCCUGUCGCCUCCUUUCCCGGUGGCAAAGUUGGUCUUCAGAAGUCUGCCCAGAGCAGCCUGAGAGUGAAGUCAGGGGACGAGGUGGUGCUGCAGCCGAUAGCAGGUCCUGUGCUUCAGGCCGAAGAGGUGGUUCUAUACAACAGGUCAAGAGACGACACACUGGAGACGGAGGAGUUCAGGAGCUUCCUGUUGCGAUCUUUGGUCGGGAACAUCAUUCUGCCAGGAAAUGUCCUCUGUCUGACCUACUUUGGCCGGUCGUGCAGUCUGCGGGUCGAAGCAAUAAGAGGGGCGGAUGGUGUCACCCUCCAGAGACCAACUCCUCCCCCAGGACUAGGUCCUGACACGGAGGAGUCCUCGGUGAUCAACUCCGUCCUGGAUUCCACGUCAGCCGACCUCUCCCUGCAGCUCAGCAUGCUCACUGUGGAUGACGACAACGCCGACGGGGCACCAGGCACGCCUGGAGAGCCUGGGCCUGCAGCCAGCACCCCGUGCCGACCGAUCCAGCUCCCCUCCCUCUCCUCAACCCCUGUUCCCUGCAGUCCCUCUUACAACUCCCGGAAUCCUCCUGCAGGGUCAGCGGAGGAUGCUGUCAGUCUGGAGAGCUCACUCAAAUCAGAGGAGACAGGGAAAAGCCCCUCAGCGCCCUCUGGUGGUGCACUGAGUACCGACAGCUUCUACUGCCUCUCCUGCUCCACUAAAGUCAGUUUCAGGGACAGAGCACGACGGGAGGAUCCAGAUACAGAGGUCAAAAGGUCAAAGGUCACGUACGGCAUGAUUGGCGGGCUCAGCAGUCAGCUGGAUGUCAUCAGAGAGACCAUUGAGCUUCCUCUGAAGCACCCCGAGCUGUUCUGCAACUACGGGAUCCCACCUCCCCGCGGGGUUCUUCUGUACGGUCCCCCGGGCACAGGGAAGACCAUGAUUGCUCGCGCCAUAGCCAAUGAGGUCGGAGCUCACAUGACCGUGAUCAACGGCCCAGAGGUCAUGAGCAAAUUCUACGGUGAAACAGAAGCGAGGCUGAGGCAGAUAUUUACUGAAGCAUCUCAGAGGCAACCUGCGAUAAUCUUUAUUGAUGAGCUGGACGCUUUGUGCCCGAAGCGAGAGGGAGCGCAGAAUGAGGUGGAGAAACGAGUCGUUGCUUCACUCCUGACUCUGAUGGAUGGGAUUGGUUCAGAGGGUCACUCGGGUCAGCUGUUGGUCCUGGGGGCCACAAACCGGCCCCAUGCCCUCGACCCUGCCCUGCGCCGGCCAGGACGCUUCGACAAGGAGCUGGAGGUGGGAGUCCCCGGUGCAGCAGAGCGCAGAGAAAUUUUGGGGAAGCAGCUGAGUGCGGUAUCGUGCAGCGCUACCACGGAGGAGCUGACGCAGCUGGCCGAUGCCGCUCAUGGAUACGUAGGAGCAGACCUAGCAGCUGUUUGCAAAGAAGCAGGUCUGCAUGCACUAAAGAGAGCACUGGGAGGUUCGCACCGGCCAUCAGACCAGCAACUAAUGGGGACAGUGACCGUCACUCCACGGGACCUCCAGUGGGCCAUGUCUGUUGUGAAGCCCAGCGCAAUGAGGGAGGUUGCUAUAGACGUCCCCAAGGUCCGCUGGUCGGAUGUCGGCGGGAUGGAGGAGGUGAAGCUGAAACUGAAGCAGGCCGUGGAGUGGCCUCUGAGGCACCCUGAGGCCUUUACCCGCAUGGGCAUCCAACCACCUAAAGGAGUCCUGCUCUAUGGGCCCCCAGGCUGCUCCAAGACCAUGAUAGCCAAGGCCCUGGCUAAUGAAAGUGGGCUCAACUUUCUGGCUGUUAAAGGGCCGGAGUUACUGAGCAAGUAUGUUGGAGAGUCUGAAAGAGCCGUGAGAGAAGUGUUUCGGAAGGCGAGGGCCGUCGCUCCCUCCAUCGUCUUCUUCGACGAGAUCGAUGCUCUUGCCAGCGAAAGAGGAAGCUCCUCGGGCUCCGGUGGUGUAGGGGACCGGGUCCUGGCUCAGCUCCUGACAGAGAUGGACGGCAUCGAGCAGCUCCGAGACGUCACUGUGCUGGCCGCCACCAACCGGCCCGACAUGAUCGAUAAGGCGCUGAUGCGUCCAGGUCGCCUCGACCGAAUCGUCUAUGUGCCUCUUCCAGAUGCUCCGACCCGAUGGGAAAUAUUUUCUCUCCAGUUCCAUAACAUGCCUGUGGCCCAAGAUGUGUCUCUAGAUGACCUGGUGACUCGGACGCAUAAAUAUUCUGGAGCAGAGAUAACAGCAGUAUGCAGAGAGGCUGCCCUCCUGGCCCUACAAGAGGACAUCAAAGCUCAGCACAUCGAGGCCAGACACUUUGAAAGUGCCCUGAACACUGUGAAGCCCCGGAUCCCCGACUCUCUCAUCCAGUCGUAUAUCAGCUAUCAGCAGCAGCACAGCGGCCUGUGCUUCUUCUGACCACGCCUGCUAUGGGCACAUUCAAAACCAAGGAACUUUUUUUCUUUGUAAUUCUAACAUUAUUUUAAAAUGAUAGCUUUUCAACUGCCCCAGUCUGCUGGACAAGUUACUGACAUGAUAAGAAACUGACACAACGCCCAGCUGAAUGUUGGUAGAUGCUGAUUUUGGCAAAAGGAAGGAUUUCUCUUUUGUAGCUACCGUGCCAAGUCACGCAUCUGUUGUUCGAGUGUUUUAUUGUAUAGCUACUAGAAAAACAAAUAUGGUAACUGGUUUCGAGUCCAAAAACUAUCAUGCCAAAUAAAAAAAUGUAGUUUCCCGAAAAUGCUUGUUAAGGUCUUGGCUGCUCUGGAUACUGUAAGUUUCAAAACACCCUGCAGCUCAGCAGGACGGAGUUGUUUGAUUUGGUUUUUUUGGGGUUUUUUUUUGGUUUUGCAAAAAAA